AUGGCUUAUACACGACUUUUGAUCCCUCUGACUCUUAUGUCGGGCGCUUCUGCUGCCUCGAGCAAAUCUUGUCCUCGCGACCUUCCUCUUUCAUGCCACAACACCACUGCCGUCGCAGAUACAUGCUGCUUUAUCCCCGCUGGUCAGCUUCUUCAGACGCAGUUCUGGGACGCCAACCCGGCUGCGGGCCCAUCUGACUCCUGGACAAUCCAUGGUCUCUGGCCCGACUACUGUGACGGCACAUACCCGCAGUUCUGCGAUACUAGCCGUGAAUACGACGACAUCAGAGGCAUCGUGUCCCAGUUCCUCGGCAAUUCGACCCUGUCCUACAUGAACAAGUACUGGGUCAGUGACAAUGGCGACGAUGAGUCUCUCUGGCAGCAUGAGUGGGACAAGCACGGCACUUGCAUCAGCACCCUGAACCCUGAUUGCUACACCGGCUACAGAACCGGUGCUGAGGCAGCAGAUUACGUCAAGAGGACUGUCUCACUGUUCAAGACUCUUCCCACGUACAAGUGGCUCUCUGAAGCUGGUAUUGAGCCGUCCGAGUCCAAGACUUACACUGCCAGCGAGAUUCAAGACGCUCUUGAGGAACAGCAUGGUGCGCAAGUGACGAUCGGCUGCAGCGGCAAGACCCUCAACGAGGUUUGGUAUCACUUCAAUGUUCAGGGAUCGCUUCAGGAGGGUACUUUUGUUCCUUCGGAUCCUGAUGGAAGCAAGAGCAGCUGCCCUGACUCUGGCAUCAAGUAUCUGCCCAAGAGUUCUUAA